AUGGGGAACAUGGAUGGAAAGACUGUGGAGGAACUAAGCGCCACAGAAAUCCACCGGUGGUAUAAAAAGUUUAUGACCGAGUGUCCAUCCGGACAGCUGACCCAGCAUGAAUUCAAGCAGUUCUUUGGUCUCAAGAACCUUAGCCCAGCAUCCAACGAAUACAUUGAACAAAUGUUUGACACAUUUGACUUUAAUAAGGAUGGUUAUAUGGAUUUUAUGGAAUAUGUGGCAGCCCUGAGCUUAGUCCUGAAGGGCAAAGUGGAGCAGAAGCUGAGGUGGUACUUUAAACUCUAUGAUGUUGAUGGAAAUGGAUGUAUUGACAGAGGUGAACUUCUCAAUAUAAUCAAGGCAAUUAGGGCUAUUAACAGAUGUAAUGAUGAGAUGACGGCAGAGGAAUUCACAGAUAUGGUUUUUCACAAAAUUGACAUCAAUGGGGAUGGUGAAUUAUCACUGGAAGAGUUUAUGGAAGGUGUGCAGAAAGAUGAGCUACUCCUGGAGGUGUUGACUCGCAGUUUGGACUUGAAACACAUUGUCUAUAUGAUUCAGAAUGAUGGUAAAAGGAUGGACAUAUCGGAACGGCCUGAAAAGAAAUCUUGACUUAAGGUUCCCUUCCCUGAGUUAGGAGAACUUAUGUUUUCAUCCCUGGAACUUGCCUGUCACAUGCUCUGGAUUCAAGCGGCACUGCUAAGGGGCAUGGCACUUCGAACAUUGGGCAAACAUCACAAAACAUAUUAGAACCCUAGAUUUACCUAGAGGGUUUAUAAAUUGCCUAAGAAAAUGGGCUCAUUAUGGAUCCCAUUUGGCACCAGUGCAAUACACAGCAAAUUGUAUAGUAUUUUGUAGUUUUGGUAUGACACCUAAGGUGUCUUUAAUGAUGCAAUUACUGUGAAACAACAUAACUCCACUCACACCACCUACCAUUUAUGUUUGCCUGGCACAUGAUUAUUUCUAUUUUUAAAAGAGCUACCUGAUUUGUAGCAAAACAGCAAAUCCUCGCCACUUAUAUGGUUUGUGGGCUUUAACUGAAGGCCUGGUAUUGAUGUGUGUACUCAGAUCUGGUAACAGCGCUAAGGUGCAUGGCACACAACGUAUGUUAUUUACCUUGUGGGUAUUGAUAAUAUGUAUAGAUAACAUCAGUUUUAUGAGGUGUAGGACUAUGAUGUGACUAAUCUAAAGUAACCUUUGAAGUUAAAUAUCCCUGUCCCUCUUUCUCGAUCUGUGCUUCUCUCUGUACACUCUGUGGUCAUUUAUAAAGCUGUAGCUGUAGCAUUUAUAAAAUGUAGAUGAACAGUGCAGCAGCUACUUCUUCCCCACUUGUUACAUCAUGUUCUCCUCCUGAGGAACUGCUUCCUGUAUGCAUGGGUUCAUAGCAUCAAAUAGCAGGGGGUAAGGCAUAAUUGUUUUGAUAAAAGGAGCUGGAGGAAUAUUGUGUUCCUUACUGAAUCUGGGCUAGGCACAAUAAUGUUCUUAAUUUUCACCAAAAUAUGAGAUUUUGCAUUGCACAAAAUUAUAUUUUUUUAUGAAUGUUAAGGGGUAGAGAGUGAACAUUUUACCAGUCCAUCAGGUAGCAUCACAUUCUCCUUAUCCCCACGAAAACAAAACGGUUGGGGUUUGUUUGGUUUUUUUGCACAUCCUUGGUUUAUACUACAUGAAAUGUUAUAUUUUUGUCCCCAUCCAGGUGCAUUUUAUAUACAAAUUAGCAUUCGCAGGCAUUGUACUAAUGUAAUGCAAAGAGUAAAAUUCAUCAUUCUUACACAUGAAGAAAAGACAACACCAAUGUCUCCAAGUUACUUUCAUGAUGUAUUUUAUAUAUAUAAC